CAGAUGACGAGCGGUCUACUCAGUGUUGCAGUAGGAGUUGUGUUUGCUGCAACUCGGGAGGCGAGGCAUUCCCUUUUAACCAUGUUCAGAGUCGCACCCUUCACUGGACUACUAUUCUUCAUCGCUGGGUUGUUAUCCAACCUGUUGUUCAAAUUCCCCAGACUAUUACCUGUCUGCCUGUGUGUCAACAUUGGCAGCAUGGUCGUAGCAGGAGUUGGAGGAGUGUUGAUAUGCGUUGACUUGGGCAUGGACAUGCCUUCCUGGGAUUCCAAUGUUCAACAUCAUAUAAAGCUGGAGGUGCUGAUGCUCUGUGUGUUGGUCAUGGAGGUGACCCUCUCUGCUGUCCUCUCCUUCUGGAUCCGGGGAGCGAAACGCAGCCAUUCACCGUGAGCUGUUAUCUGUCUGACAACUAUUCAUGGACGACCACAUCCAAAUAGAUUGACAUUUAAAAAAUAAAAUGAUAGUGAGCGAGGAUGACAAUGGGGAAAUGCUGUGUCAGAGGGCAGCAGGGAGUUAUCAUUAUAAUGGAGUCUCUAUUUGAUUGUAAAUGAACCACCAUCUGAAUAUCCAAGAUAGAGUACUCUAAAACUGUUUAGCUUCGAACAUCAGUGUGUGCCUCAAUGUAUGAGGAAGUACAGCAGCCUCAGAUAUCUUUACCCACUAUCCAUUUUUUGACGGCCCUAAACCUAUCUGUGGGUUUUAGAGUACUGUCUCAACCUCGGUGAUUGCCUGCCUGCCUGCCUGCCUCCCUCCCUUGCCUGCCUGCCUGCCUGCCUGCCUGCCUGCCUGC